CAAUAUUUUAAAUUAUCACACACCGUUUUGACGUGUGACCAUCUUGUCCUUAAACAAAAACAAUAACAACGUACAACUUCAUAGUCUGCAAACUUUUGCCAAGUUGGUGUUGCUUAUUAAAAUGUCAUCAGUUAUAGCAAAUCUAUUUGUCUGCAUCGUAGGAUUUGUUAAUGUUUUAAAUGCCUCCACUGUGUAUAAAGUUGUUCCAACACGAAAUGAAGCUGGAAGAUACAAUGGCAUCGGUGGACUGAGCGGAGGUGGGAAAGACGUUUAUGUAGUUAAAACAGAUAAUCUCGAGAGAAGAUUUUUAGGAAUUGGCGGCCUUAGUGCUGGAGCAACAUCAAAACUUUUGAUGAAUUAUCCAGAAGAACAAAGAAAUCAAAUUCUCGAUUAUCUCUUCAAGCCAGGGUUUGGAGCCUCCCUUCAGAUGUUAAAGGUGGAGAUAGGAGGAGAUGCACAAAGCACCGAUGGUACAGAAGCAUCUCACAUGCACUACCCCUGGGACGAGAAUUAUCAGAGAGGCUAUGAGUGGUGGCUCAUGGUAGAGGCAAAGAAGAGAAAUAGUGACAUCUUGCUUUAUUGUCUUCCCUGGGCAUUCCCAGCCUGGGUUGGGGCCGGAAAGAGGGACCCCUACAAUGACCCUGAACUGACGGCCUCCUACGUUGUUAAGUUUAUCCAGGGGGCCAGAAAAUACUAUAAUCUCACCAUGGCCUAUGUAGGGAUAUGGAAUGAGCGGCCAUACAGUUCAAAAUAUAUAAAGACCCUGAGACAAAUGUUGGAUGAGGCUGGUCUGGACCGGGCCCCAAAGAUUGUGGCAUCAGACGAUUUAGGCUGGGAACCAAUAGCAUCAGACAUCCUGGCAGACGAGGAACUCGCAAAGGCUGUUGACAUUAUUGGAGUGCACUACCCUGGAACUACAACCACUCAAAAGGCCAUUGACACAGGCAAGCCCCUGUGGUCCUCGGAAGACUACAGUACCUUCAAUGAUAACGUGGGGGCAGGCUGCUGGGCCAGGAUACUGAACCAGAACUAUGUGAACGGCUACAUGACAAGCACAAUAUCCUGGAACCUCAUAGCCAGCUAUUAUGAGGACCUUCCAUAUGCGCGGGAUGGACUUAUGACAGCAGACAGUCCUUGGAGUGGCUACUAUAGAGUGGAUGCACCCAUAUGGGUCACAGCCCAUACAACCCAGUUUGCGUGGCCAGGAUGGUACUACGCUCCCCAGGGGUCGGGAUCGUCACUUCUAAAGGACGGAGGAAGCAUGGUGUCACUGGUCAGCUGGGACAGUACCCAGUUAACUAUCGUCAUAGAAACCAUGAGUCGCAACCAUUCCAUGUGUAUCCGUCCAUACCUGCCAGAGUAUGAAGUCAGGCCCCAAAACAUCUCCAUUCAGCUGCAAGGAUACUUUGCACAAUUGACGAGCAUGUUUGUUCACUACAGCAAACUUGGUUUUGAUGGCGAGGACUCCAUACUGUUCAAAGACAUGGGAACCAUACCAGUUGUAAAUGGAACAAUCCAUCUAAGUUUGGGUGUAGAUGAGAUGUACACAUUGAAUACCAUCGGGGGUGGCCGUAAGGGCAAUAGCAGCAAUAUUCCACCGCAAAAACCCUUCCCACUGCCGUACAUGGAUGACUUUGAAUCGUAUCAAGAGUUCAUGGAGCCAUUUAACCUUGCCCAGCAAGUUGGAGCCUUUGAGAUCAUAAAAACAACCAGUUCCCAUGGUAACGUUAUACGCCAGAUGGUUUUGGAAGCGCCGAUAUUUUGGUGUGAGGAAGAAACGAGCCCUUUUAACAUCAUCGGAAACACGAGCUGGUCUGACAUAUACGUAGAACUAGACGUCUACAUUGGUACAGUGAAUGCUACGUCAGGAGCCUAUAUAGCGGCCAGAGUCAACAAGGGCGGAUGUGAGUCGUUUUCUGCCGAGGGCGUUUUCUUCUUCAUCUUUCCUGGACAGGGAAUCGUUGUCACUGGAGACCUUGCCAGAACCAAGGAGUUAUACAAGCAGGAUAUGAACAUUUCCACCAACACCUGGUACAAGAUGGAGCUACUGGUUAAGGAUGGUCAAGUGAUUUGUUUACUGAAUAGUAAACUAGUGGUCAGAAUCGCUGCACCGUUCAGUCCCGCUCCGCAGAACGGCUUUGUUGCCUUGGGAACGGCAGACUUCGGUCUUGCAGACUUUGACAACCUCAAGAUUGCGGACAGUACGGAAGGAAGUCUAGUGGUGAAGGGGAGAUUUACUGCUGAUGAGGUCUCUUACGAUGAGAAGUUCAAAGAUGUAAAAGACAAGCUGAAAGAUACCCUGUACUUUAAGUCUCAGAGAUUUAAUACUGUAAAAUAAUUAUUGUCGUUGGGAAAAUAAAAAAAAUUAUUUCAUGGAUUGACCAAUUCGCAAAUCAAAAAUAAGCACUUCAAAAAAUGACCAACGCAAAUUAUUUUAAAGUUAUUUAUGCGGCAAAAAAUUAUAACAUAGAUUGUUAGCAUACUUACCAUAAUUAUUUUAAAGACAUUCCAAAUUUGUGCAAUUUUAUUAGCUGGACUAUUAUAUAUGAAAUAUAUAUAGUGGAGCUAUCCUACUCACCCCGGGGUCGGCGUUAGCGUUAGCGUGCAAAUGUUAAAGUUUGCGUACCACCUCAAAUAUUUCCUAUGUCCUUUGACAUAUUGCUUUCAUAUUUUGCAUACUUCGUUACCAACAUGACCCCAAUUUUUACACAAGAGCAGACAACUGUAUCAAACUUUUGACAGAACUAUGGCCCCUUUUAUACUUAGAUAAUUCAACAUUUGGUUAAGUUUUGUGUUUUGGUCCAUUUUACUCCUAAACUAUCAUAGCUAUUGCUUUUUAGACUUGGGAAACUCGCUAACUUUCGUAAGGGGACUGAACAGGGCAAGUUGCAUAACUCUGGUUGGCUUUUUUAACGGAAUUAUGGCCCUUUUUUGUCUUUGUAACUUUGAAUAUUUUGUUAAAUUUUGUGUUUAGAUCCACUUUACUUCUAAAGUAUCAAGGCUAUUGCUUUCAAACCUCAAAUACCUUCUUGCUAUCAUGAUGUUACUGUACCUGGCAAGUUGAAUUUGACCUUGACCUUGAAUGACCUUGACUCUCAAGGUCAAAUUAUUAAAUUGUGCUUAAAUUGCCACAACUUCUUUAUUUAUGAUCACAUUUGAUUCAUACUUUGACAAAACAACACACCUGACAUACCACAAUAGACUCCACCCAAACCAUCCCCCACGCCCCACCCCAGAAUCCCCCCCCCCAAAAAAAAAAAAAAAAAAAAUAAUUUUUUUUCUCUUUUUUGGAAGAUCAUCUAUUAAAUGACCACACACCCACAUUAUACCCCCCUCUCCAUGAUGGCUUACGUUAUACUGUCAAGCACUGGAAUAGUCGAGCGCACUGUCCUCUGACAGCUCUUGUUUAUUUAUUGCAAUUUGUAUCAUAAAAUAUUUAUGUACAUUAAUUGCAAUUUAGAUGAAGAUGUUUAAAUUUUAUACUUUUAAAAUUUAAAUUGUGCAUUAAAGUGCAAUUACUUUUAAGCUCACCUAAGCACAACAUGCUCAUGGUGAGCUUAUGUGAUCGCCUUUUGUCUGUCGUGGGGCGUCAACAUUUUGAGUUGUGACCACUCCAGAGGCCACAUUUAUUGUCCGAUCUUCAUGAAACUUGGUCAGAACAUUUGUCCCAUUGAUACCUCGACUGAGUUCAAAUCUGGGUGAUGCUGGGUAAAAAACUAGGUAACUAGGUCAAAAAAACAAACUUUGUGAACACUGUAGAAGUCACAUUUGAUGCCCAAUCUUCAUGUAACUUUGUCAAAAUGUUUGUCUAAAUGAAUUGUUGGUUGAGUUCAGAAAUGGUUCCGGUCCGUUGAAAAACAAGGCCACCAGGGGAUGGGGCAGUAUUCCUUAUAUGGCUAUAGAGAAACCAUCAUGAAACUUGGUCAAAAUAUUACAAACACGUGUUUGUAUACGUCCCUGAAUGAACUAAAUAACAUGUGUUUCGUAAUGCCUUUAAUAAAUGCCACUUUUUAACUAUAAAUCUUGUCUGUAUUCAUUAAUUCAUGAUACAUUGAACAAAGAAAGUUUCAAACAGCCUGAAAUAUCCGCAUGUUCCUCGUGGCAAUGAGAGUCAAACAAACGGCGGUACAUGUAUAUGCAGGUUUGCCACUCAUGGACCUGGUUGUCAUUAAAUAACAAAAAAAAAGCUAUACAUGUAAAUAAAAGUUCUUUAAAAUUGGCAAGGAUUCGACUUGUAAAAAACACUGUCACAGUAUUCAAAACUCGGCUAAUCUCUAAGUAAUAGCAAUCUUUACCGUUACGGCCCAUGUGUCUUACGAAUAUUCUGAUAUUAACAAAAGAUUUCGGAUCAUUUUAGUUUGAAUAACAAUACGUAACAUCAUUGAUUUAGGUAAAUUUUAUUUGUACCUCAUGUAAGUGAGCGAAAAAAAACAGUCAUAUGCGAGGACUGAAUAACAACUAUUGCUGGUUUAUUUCAGAUAAAUAGUCUGUGCCAGAAGUUUGGGUCGUCGUUGUUUGUCAUUUAGAAACCUGACUAUCAUUAUUUGUCGACACAAAACCCACGCUGUUUUCUUAAGAACAAACUCCUUUUUCUGAUUGGCUUCUAUUGAAAAUGCUGCUUAGCUAAUCAAAAUGACGUAUGCAUCACAAAAAUGCCUGGCGGAGUUAAAAUGUCGUACUUGGAGUUUUACCAACUUGCGCAAUUAACUGUUUCGGGAUGAUUAUUGAUUUUUACAGCACUUUUUGGGUAAUAGGCCCCCUUUUAUUGCGUCAUAUGCAGUCAUGCAUUAAUAUGCGCGUCUUGGGGACACCCAGACAAGCGAUUGCAAAAGCAGAUAAGACUUGAUACAUAUGGAUCUAGAUAAAAGGGCACGUGGCGCUAAUUGUCUUUGAAAGGGGCAGUGUGGCGCUCCGAAAAAAGGGGCAUGGCGGGUCCCCACGCUGAUUAGGCCUGGAUAAAACACUAAGUGAAAACAUGUGAACACUCUUAGAAGUCACAUUUUUGGUCCAAUCUUCAUGAAAUUUGGUCAGAACAUAUGUUUUUUGGAUAUGACGGUUUAGUUCGAAAAUGGUUUGGAUCGGUAAAAAAACAUGGCCCCCAGGGGGUGGGGGUCAUUUUCCUUAUAUUUAGAUAGUAAAACUAGCCUGUGAACACUCUAGAAAUCACAUUGUUUGCCUAGUCGUCAUUAACUUUUUUCUAAACAUCGAUUCUUAUAGAUAUCUCGGACAAGUUUGAAAUAGGUCAUGAUGGGUGGAAAAACAUGGCCGCCAGGGGGUGGGGCAGUUUUCUCUAUAUGUAUGUAGUGAAAACAUGUGAACAGUCUAGUUCUGAUAAGCUAUAAUGUUAAAGAAAGAUAACCUGUACAUACUUUCUAAUAGUUAACUCCCUUGUAUAAACCUGGUACUUCCUCAUAAAAUGUGGUGUACAUAAAGACAGUAGUUUGCAUGCAAUUUAAGAACCUAUUGUUUCUCUGUCAUAAAAUAACUGUACAUGUACUACAUGUGUAUUGCACUGUAGAGCCUUAUCUUUGAUCUUUACUGAUAAGCCAAGUUAACCUACUGUGUUUUGGUGUAUUGAUUGAACAUCUUCUUAGAUCAAUUGAAUUGGGAAAAUCAAUAAUCUCAGCAGACUACUGUGCUAUCAAACUGUUUCCAUGACAACCUUGACUCCAGUAAAAUGCAAAGGCUGACCUAUACAUAUUUAGUGCAGUAGAUAAUGACCAUCCAUAAAGGAGACAUAAUGCUGAUCAUUUUCAUGCAUCUUUUUCACUAUAGGGUGUCAUUAUUUUGCAUUUACAUGCGUAUAUACUUUGUUUGGGUACAUACUGUAAUUCAUUUCUUUCUGAGUAGUGUUUAGAUGAUGUUUAAUGUCUCAACUGCCAGUAACUAAUUAAUGACACAAGUCUGUCAUCUGAUAACCAAUAUAUGUCACGUUUAUACUCAAAAUGAAGAAUUUUGUUAGAGGAAAAUGAAUAUGCUAUUUGGUUGUUUUGUAUUAUUUUGACUUAUUUUUAUGUCCCCCACUAUAGUAGUGGGGGACAUAUUGUUUUUGCCCUGUCUGUUGGUCUGUUGGUUGGUCUGUUGGUCUGCGCCAACUUUAACAUUUGCAAUAACUUUUGCAAUAUUGAAGAUAGCAACUUGAUAUUUGGCAUGCAUAUAUAUCUCAUGGAGCUGCACAUUUUGAGUGGUGAAAGGUCAAGGUCAUACUUCAAGGUCAAAUAUAUGGGUCAAAAUCGCUCAUUUAAUGUACACUUUCGCAAUAUUUUAAUAUUCAAGAUAGCAACUUGAUAUUUGGCAUGCAUGUGUAUCUCAUGGAGCUGCACAUUUUGAGUGGUGAAAGGUCAAGGUCAUCCUUCAAGGUCAGAGGUCAAAUAUAUGUGGCCGAAAUCGCUCAUUUUAUGAGUACUUUUGCAAUAUUGAAGAUAGCAACUUGAUAUUUGGCAUGCACGUGUAUCUCAUGGAGCUGCACAUUUUGAGUGGUGAAAGGUCAAGGUCAUCCUUCAAGGUCAAAUAUAUGGGUCAAAAUUGCUCAUGUAAUGUCACUUCUGCAAUAUUGAAGUGAGCAAUUUUAUAUUCGACAUGCAUGUGUAUCUCAUGGAGCUACACAUUUUGAGUGCUGAAGGUCCAAGGUCAAGGUCAUCCUUUAAGGUCAAACGUCAUAUAUGGGGACAUAGUGUUUCACAAACACAUCUUGUUAUACAUAAAAUUUAGUUAAUUGUCAUGUUUCCUUUGUCUAAGCUAAGGAGUCACAGAGGGAGGGGCUGAAAUGCCUUGUCUUAGAUCAAUAUCUGUCAAUCAAAAUCUCAACACUCCUCUUAGACUGUGCAAAGCCAAUUAAAAUUGAGAUAAGCCCAGAAAAGAUGUAUUGAAGUAUAUUAUUGGAUGUUGACUACUGGCCAAUGUCCUUCAGCCUGAGGGUGUAUAAAACAUGCUGCACAGGGCUUAUUAGCAUCCCGAAAACUAAAUUUUUACUGCUUAAAGAAUCUGCAUCGCUGGUAAUUAAUUAAUAUUUUGGACAUUGAAGAUAGUUUCUAGAAAUGGACAUUUUGGGAAAUUCACCAACAUCUAAGAUAGUUUAUUAAAGAACAGAGAUGAAGAUGAUUCAAUUGUUUUACAAGUAUGAUGAUUCUCAACUUACGAUUGAACUUAGUAAUAUCUGGACCAGUUUCAAUCGGGAUCAGUUUUUAUGUGUACUUUAACUAUUGGGAACAAAGCUAUCAUACAUUAACCUGCGCAAAGAACAAGUCAUUUCUUUUUAUCUCAGGUGAGCGACUUUGGGCCUUUCAGGCCCUCUUGUUUUGAAUUUUCUUUUUGUUGUUCUUUUACAUUUUUUGAUGUAAUUCUUUCAGGUUGUUUCAUCAAAUGUUCUUUUACAGUGAUUAUUAUUAUUUUUUGAAUAUUUUAUCACAUUUUUGAUUGACAAUACUUUCAAAUUGUUAUGGCAAGUCUAAUGAAACAUUUAGGAGAAAAUUUAAGUUAAGA